UACGUUACCUUUUAAGCGGCGGUUGAAAGAUGCGUUGAAGAUUUCCGGGAUUUUAACUUGCAGGAGGAAGGAGGGACAGAAGAGGAAGGGUCUUCAUCAAACAGGCAAGAAUGGAAAAUCAGUGUAAGGUUUCUGAAUCGGUCGUAUCGGAGAACAGCGAUCUUUCAAAUCAGGACGUGAUGGAAGAAAGGUUUCGAGUUGACAGAAGGAAAUUAGAGGAUAUGAUUCAAGGUGAAGAAACAGAUAUAGAAAAGACAGCCGCAGGAGUAUUUUUCCGUAAAAUAACUGAAGAAACUGGAGCAGAAAUUUAUUGGCCAACGAGAUUAAAAAUAGGAGCUAAAUCUAAAAAAGAUCCAAAUAUUAAAAUCUGUGGAAAACCUGAAGUAGUUUUAGCUGCAAAAGAGAGAGUUCUUAAAAUAUUGGACACAAAGCGUAACAAAGUAACACUAAAAAUGGAUAUUCCAUAUACUGAUCAUUCUCACAUAAUCGGCAAAGGUGGAACAACAAUUCAAAAUAUAAUGGAAGAAACAGAAUGUCACAUUCACUUUCCUGAUUCAAAUCGAACUAGCACAACCGAGAAAAGUAAUCAGGUAUCGAUCACUGGUCAGACAACUGGGGUGGAGAAAGCAAGAUGCAAAUUAAGAAACCUCCUACCAGUUGUAGUGACCUUUGAACUACCUGCAAUUUAUUGUCAAUCCCCACCCGAGCCCUCCUCCCCUGCAAUUCAACUAAUCCUACAAAACUAUUGUUUUACUGCAACAUUCCAUCAACAGUACAAGAGGAUAUUGAUUACUGCCAGAGGACUACAGAAGCAAUUUUCACGCUUUCGACAAGGAUUGCAUGUUUUAAUGGAAUACUUAACUGGAAAUGACGAUUUUAAACUCCCAGUAACAUUAAAGACAGAUGUUGGUUUACAAAAUCAUCAAGCUGUUAUGGGUCCUGCAAGUAUUAAUGUGCAACAGAUAAAGCGCAAUUGCAAUGUUAAUAUUGUCUUCCAGUCUACAGUCACUCCAAUCACUGAUACAUCACAAAAUCGAUCAGCAGUAUAUAUAUCUGGUGCUUUUGAUGAUGUUUACAAAGCGUGGAAGCAAUUAAUGGGUUAUUUACCUCUUACUCUAAGUUUUAAUCUUAAAGAAGGACAAGAUAUACCUUCAGAACAAGUUACAAAUAUGAUGUCAGAAUAUAAAGUUAACAUCAUGAUGAGAUUGAAGAAAAAGGAGAAUGUGAAGACCAUUACUGUGCAAGGUCCAGAAAGAGAAUCAAGGAUCUUAUUUGAAGUAAGGCGACAGAUGUUGAAUCUUGAUAAAUCUGAAGUCCCUGUGUGCUGUGACAAGCAUGCUGCUGCCUUGGCAUCAGCUCUCUUUAUUGCAACAAUGUCCUUAACAGAAGGAAAUGAUGUAUGCAAAAGUUCAAAACAAGUUGAUGAGAGAGUUAAAAUUCUAAAUGAUUUUCAUUCUGCAAUGGCAAAUAUAGACAAAAAUUUCCUUCCUGUUCAAGUUACAACAAAUCCCAAGUUGUCAUCUAUUAUCAAUAAUGUUCUGGAACAGCUAAACAAAACUAGCAAUCUAGAAGGGCCCCUUCCACAUUUUCAGAAUACUUACAGAAUACCAGCACCUCGUGCUGAAUUCUGCAUUCCUCAAACAAGUUGUAGACCAAUGCCACCACAGAUUAAAAGAAAACUUGAUUCAGAAUCCUCUAAUCAUCUGAUUAAGAAGCCAACUGUUAAUACAAGUUCAUCUAGUAACUUUUCUGUUUUACAACAGAAUCCAAAACAAAAUGAGUUUUCAGGUGUAUGUAAUCCUUUAUUUAUGCCAGAUAUAUGGUCUCCCCAAGCAACUUCUACAACUUCAUGGCCUUGUAGUCAAUCAACUACAUCUGUACAAGAGAAACCAACAUUUAGUGGUUGGUCUUUUCAACAGGUGCCAUCACAGACAGGAACACAUCAGUUGUUUUCAUAUAAUUCAAAAUGGGGAAAUGAUAUAAUUCAGACAACACAAGAUAAAGUAACUCAUGAAUAUAAGACUACAGAUCCUAGUUCUCUUUACUUAUCUAAUAAAGAAAAAGAUACGACCAUUCAUAAUUCAUCUCAAAGUUACCAUGAAGUUAAACAUAAAAUGGCUCUUUCCAAUGUAAACGGAACUGAAAAUUGCAUGGAUAUGAAAGAUUCUAGUGUACAGAAGAAUGAAAAGUGGAAUCUUAAACAGUUAUCCAAUAUAGAUGAAUAUAACUCUGUAAGCCAACACUUAAAUAACUUUGAAGAAAACUUGAUGGCACAACUGUCUGACUUGUGCUAUGAUGAAAAGUGGCUUUUAGCUUCUAAAGCUUUUGAACAAUCUGUUGACACAAGCACAAGGAAGCCAACAGAUAUCUGGUCAGGUUGCUAUUUCUCAAAAUCACUUCCAGAUUUGCAGCUUAAGAAUAAACUGAAAGAAGUUGCAUCAUCAAAUUUAAGAAAUGCUGAACAGAUGCAUACAGAUCUCUCUGAUGAUAAAGUAUUUGUAAGUGAUUCUGGUGGAAAGUUUUUCAGCUCUAGUGAUUAUUUUGAUUAUUCUUCACAAUUAAAUAUUUCAUGGGAAGACUUCAAUCAUCUGCCUAGAUUAUUUAGAAAACUUGGAGUAGAGAAGUACAUAGAUAUAUUUCUUGAAAAUGAGAUUGAUUUAAGUGUGUUCCUUACUUUGAAAGAUUCUGAUUUACAGGAACUGGGAGUUACAUUUGUAGCAAGAAGAAAAAUGUUACAUGCAAUCUCAGAGUUAAACAGUUACUUUGGAAGCAUGAAGAAAGAUGUGCAUUUUGAAGCUGCACCAGGUUCUGAAAGGAAACGUCUGUUGUCGAAAUUGGCCAAAUAUUGAAUAUGAAUAUCAUCAGUCACUCAAAAUAUACAGAUUGUGCCACUUAAAAUAUUAACCAAUUAAUAUCUCAACCAGAUUAUGUAAAUAUCAGAAAUUUUCCUCAAUUGUUGCAAAUUUUAGUUUUUAUUUUGCUACUAACACUAUUACUGUUUGUGAAAGUGUGAAUGGGUAUGAAAUUUAUACAAUUUAAUAUUGUAGUGCAUGUCUGUUUUUGAUUUGUUAAAUUCAAUGUAUACACCUGAAUUUUUUAUACAUGAUUGUCACUUGUUAAAUGGAUAUACUUUUUGAUA